AUGACCGACCCAAAAAUCACCCUCUACACCUACUUCCGCUCCUCUUGCUCCGCGCGCCUCCGCAUCGCCCUCAAUCUGAAAUCCCUCGCCUACACCCCCAUCCCCGUAAACCUGCUGCAAGGCGAGCAGCUCACCCCGGAGAACCGCGCGCGCAACCCCUCCGCCACGGUGCCGACCCUCAUCAUCGAGCGCCCCGCCAACACCGUCACAGUCACCCAGUCGCUCGCCGCCCUCGAGUACCUCGAAGAAGCCUUCCCCGACGCACCCAACGCGCUGCUGCCCCCGGCGUCGGACCCGGAGGCCCGCGCAACCGUGCGCACCCUCGCCGACAUUAUAUCCUGCGACGUGCAGCCCGUGACGAACCUGCGCAUCUUGAAGCGCGUGGCGCCGUUUGGGGUCGACCGCGGGGCGUGGUCGAAGGAUCUUAUUGAGGAUGGGUUCCGCGCGUAUGAGGCGAUUGUCCAGCGCACGGCGGGCGCGUUUAGUGUUGGCGAUAGGAUUACCAUUGCGGAUGUGUGUUUGCUGCCUGCGGUGUGGGGGGCGGUGCGCUCCGGCGUGGAUAUGAGUGCGUUUCCGACGAUCCAGCGCAUUGCGGAGCGGUUGGAGAUGGAGGAGGCGGUUAAGAAGGCGCAUUGGACGACGCAGAGUGAUACCCCUGAGGAUCUGCGGAAGAGUCUUUAA